CGCGUAAAGUUUCAACUUAAAACCAACACUUUACUUUUGGUGGAGUGUUGUCCUCUUUCUAUCCCAUCAUCAUCACAAUCACAACCACCGAUCAUGUCACAAAGACAGACGGGAGGUGGUCCUUAUUAUGCUUCUUCUUCGUCAGCCGGACAGAGGUAUGGAUCAGCGGCUGAUGUUCGACCUUAUCGAGGUGGAGCAGGUGCAAGUGGCCGUCAAGCACCUCCAUCACCUCGAAUUUCUCAACCACCACUAAUCCCACAAGCAUUCACAGAAGCAUUAGAACGUUUACCUCCUCCAAAUCAAUGGCCUUCUCAAGUGCUAUCUUAUUUGGUAGUCGAUCCACUCUUGGCUCUCUUUCGAUUCGUGCUGGAAAUGGCAAUCAAUCCGCGUACACAUCGUAUCAUCUUGCGACUCAGCGUUUUGUCUGCCUUGUUUUGGACAGCUCUAGGGUUGGCAAUCGCAGGCUACGUAGGAUUUUAUCGUGCUUGGGUCCCUGAUAUCGGCCUUACUCGAACGGUGUGGUUGCAAUACGGAUAUGAUCGACCUCCAUUCGCAGAUAUAUCUCUGCAUGGGCUAAACUCUGCAAUCGGUGUAUUUGCUGAAGAUCAAGAAUAUGAUGUGAGCCUGGAUCUGAUCGUUCCUUUGAGCGCUGCUAAUUUGGACCUCGGCAACUUUAUGAUUGCUUUGGAUCUUCGAUCUGCACAAAAUUCUUCCGUUCAUCAUAUCAGCAAGCCAUGGAUAAUUGUUCACGAGCCAGGACCGAUUCGAGCAAUGAAUAACCUAAUGUUCCAAUUCACUAGAAAUGCGCCCGCAUUCAUUCUGCCAACAUCGUCCCCUCCGGUUCAGUUGAUGACGAUUCCUCUUCUCAGUCGAGCAGUCCUGGAACCGGCACGAGCAUCUCAUCCUUUCGCUGCCACCGUCCCAGCAGGUGUGGUGAGCGCACACAUCACUGUCGGAAGAGCAGAUGCAAAUAAGUACUGGGUCUAUGGAGGUGGACAUGGCGUUGGAGGUGUCUUGCCAGAGACAGGAGGAAUUCUGAAAGCUGCAUCAUCGUACGAGGGAUAUCGAAGUCGUGGUGAAUUGCAAACUCACAGUGCAAGUUUAAGAUUUGAUGCGCAUUUGACCGGCUUGCGAUACUUUAUGUAUCACCAUCCUUUGGCCUCCUUCAUCUUAUUCACAAGUCUCUUCAUGGGAUUCGAGUUGAUCUCAGCACUUACACUCUGGGCAAUCGCCGCAUUCUACACUUCUUCUUUGACACAACCUUCUCUGGAAAUCGAGGACAACUUUACCGGCAGAUAUGGUGGUACAAGUACCGAUUUCGAUUCUACGCCCAGACCAAGCGCAGGCGAGGAAGGAUACGAAAGCGAGACACCGACUCCAGAAAGUGAUGCAGAACAAAGAAGACAGCAGAGUAGAUUAGCAGAAAGCAGUAAUUUGAGCAGCGCACAAAGACAAUCAUUAGCAAGCUUACAAGCCAGAGAUACACAAGAAUUCUAUGAACAACGAAGAGCAGAAAUGUUACGAGAUGAAUUGGAAGGACGCAGGAUGACUGCUGUCGAUCAACCUGCAACGGGCGCUUUGGAUGAUCUUGAACUUACGCAAGGUAGACGUGUGCUUGGACGAUUGGAUGAAGAAACGGAGGAGGAGACUGAUGUGCAUGCGAGCGAAACAAGUGCUGGUUGGGAAGAUGUAGGAGAAGAAGAGGGUGAAUCUGGUGAGACAGACCCUCUCGCAGGAGGCAUUGCAGCGGAUGAUCCAGACUUGGCCAGAAUUGCAGCUUUGCGAAGACGAACGGUGAAAGAAGAAGAUGGUGAUGAUAAUACUCCGUUCGGAAGGGGUCAAAGUACGAUUGGUGGAUCAUCUACCUCACGUGCAUCUUCUGUUCGUUCAUUCGGUGCAACCUCUCUCGGGACAGGUAUUACUGGCUCCUCUGUUGCACCUAGCAGAUCUCAAACACAAGCAACUCCUGAAAUCAAGGAAGAAUAUGAAGAACCCGAAACAGAAGACGGAGAUGAUACGGAACGAGAUGAUAAUGAACGCUCAUAAUAAUUUUUCGCGAUUACCUACUUUUCAUUGUGUAUACCCUUUUUCUGUCAAUAUGAUACCUGAGCAAUCUAUACGGAAUAUAAAUACUUUUUGU